AUGUCGAACCAAGGGGCUUCGAAUCAAUCUGCUAAGCUUGGAGUUUUAGAUCCAUCGUCUCCUGAAAGCAUCAUAGAGACUCUAGCUUUGGUGUUGAUUUGUCUAAGUAGUAUAAUAGGGAAUAGCUGUGUCAUUACAGCUGUGGCGAGAAGCGAGAAACUUCGUGAACGUCCUGGUAGCUAUCUCGUAGGUAGCCUCGCUAUACUAGACGGUUUUUUGAUGCCCGUCGCUAUGGCCUUCCAUAUUACACUUCGAAACUUUUCUUGGACGGCUUCGGAAUUCGUUUGUAACUUUCUUUCUGACUAUCUUAUCAUUCUUAUUUACAUCGUUAUUUUGCAUCUAUUCCUCAUGAGCUGGGAUCGCUUUAUAUCAGUAGUCUAUCCUCUACACAGCCAGAUCAUUCUUUCAAGACGAAAGAUAGUCUGUCUUCUGAUACCAGCUUGGAUUGUACCAGUUUUUUCAAUGGGGGUAGUUCCGCUGUUAAUCAACACACAUGAACAAGGGAUAUCCUUCAGAAACAAGCUUCUCGGAUGCAUCGACUCGAGUUCAAGUCCAAGCAAGGUCGAGCUCACGUCUUCCAAGCCUCACCAACUUCAUCUCCUUUUCAAUACCCUGUUAUUCGUUGUUGGCCCAUUCCUGGUCAUGCUAGUGCUCUAUGGGAAGUUGAGUUUGAUCUCUUCGAAACAAGAAAACAAAGUUGGCGCAAACGUCGUUUCUAGCGAGAUAACCCAAAACGAACGUCGAGUCAAAGCAAAAAAAACCAAGGAAAUGAAAUGGGCCAAAACAGUUGGCAUUGUGAUUGGCGCGUUUGCUUUGACGUACCUUCCCGUGUUUGCUUGUACUCUGGUGGAAGCCAAGCUCGGACAUGGAGUCAUUCCUCAAAAGUUGUUCUCCUUUUUCGCUGCUGUUAUCUUCUUGAACAGUGCCAUUAAUGCUGUUGUCUAUUCGUUCCGUUCACAAGUGUACAGGAAAGAGUUUAAGAGGAUCGUGAGGGAUCUCGUGAGAAAAUUUGUCCCUGGAUUUGGUGCACAGGAAGGCCAUUGCUUUCAUGUUGGGGAACCACAACCUCUUGGCUUGUCUCUCCAUGCACAAGAAGCGGCCCAAACGCAAGCCUCGUCUAGUGGUGCCAUACAGAAAGCUUAA